AUGAAUUCCUCGUUUUUUUCAUCCUCUCCAUUUGCAUCCAACACAAGUGUGUUGGUUGGUUCUUCCGAGCCAACCAUCCAUGCUCAAUACUUAUGUGAUGUAUGCAAUUCUCAACCUGUUGGAAUCCGAUAUCAUUGUGAGGACUGUAAAAACUAUGAUAUGUGCGAGAAUUGUUGGAAAUUUAGAAGAAACGUACAUCCAUCCUUUCAUAACUUUUCAACCCAUGGAACAUCGGGUAGUUUUUUGACCAAUAAUAAUUCAUCAUCAUCAUCUAAUAACAAGCCAUCCAUUAUUCCGCCACCAUCUAAUAGUACUAUACAUAUUACAUCUAAUAAUAACAACGUGAUGAAUUCUUCAAACAUGAUGAUGAACGUUCCAUCGUUUAAUACCAUGAUGAACACAUCAACUAUUUCAUCAUUUCGGCCACCAUCAACAAAUAUUCCUAACCAUCCAUCCCUACAGAGUGUAUUUUACAACCCAAUUCCAACAAGUGGUCAACCAACCACCACCACUUUUUCAAAGCCUUUCAAUGUGCCCACCCCUUCCUCUCCUAGCGUAAAAUUACCAAGCGGAAACGUUAUUCCAUUUCAACCACCAACAUCAACAAGUAACAGCAGCGGAAGUAGUAGUAGCAGUACAGCCACCAACAACAAUAACAGCACUCACGUCCACAUCAAUCACUCUCACACAUGUCAAUGUUGCAACAAGAAAAUUCCAACGAGUAUCUUUCAGUGCGAAACGUGUUUUGGAUUGACACCAAGUGAAGAUUAUUGUCUCUGUAGAGAGUGUCACGAUUCAUUCGAGGAGUUCAACAAAUCAGGAGCAGACAUUAAUCCUAUUCAUCUUGGGGACCAUAAAUUUAAGGAAUUUUUGGAUUACAAGCAAUUAAAAAUUUGGAAAAAAACAAAGGAAGAACUUGGAAAUCAAAAGACUGGAGGCAAGCAAUAUUCUGAAUUACAAAAUUUAGAUAUUGACGAAGAUCAUUUACUAUGUAUUGUUUGUUCAGAACAGUUGAGAAAUAUUGUGUUCCUUCAAUGUAAACAUUGUGUUUGUUGUGACGGAUGUGUGGAUAGCCUAAAGAAAGUAUGCCCUAUUUGCAGAACUUCGUCAGAUCAUAUCAAAAUAUUUUGGGCCUAA